GCCCCCUCGACGAGCCUGAACGACCUCUGCACCCCUGCCUGGAGCUGCUGCCACCUCUCCUCAAGCCUGUGGGGCGCUGGGUGACACCGGCAGUGACAAACCCCCGGCCAGCACCCAGCUGCUGUCUGCCGCUUCCCUGCCACUGCUGGCUCAAGGAAGGGCCAUAGGAAUCGGUUGUCAGGCUCCAAGGGUGCAGCCAGGACACAUCCAGCACAGCCUCAAGUGCCAAGAGGGAAGUGAGUCACCCACCUGCACCCAGUGGCGCCUCCUUCCCGCCCAACCCCGCCCCGCAGCAGCAGGGAGGUGGCUCGGCCCUCCCGCUGGAUCCGCUGCGGGAUGGGGUCUGCUGGGCCAGGUGCUCUGUGGCCCUGAGUGACUCUGCAGUCAUGCUGCACUUGUUCCCACUCUGGUGUCUUAUUCUUGAGAGUUAUCUGUGUGGAGUCCUUCCAGCCCCAGGUCAGAGAAAAUAACACUUGGAGGAAGAUGAACCAUCCUCAGUAAAAUACCCAUCACUGCUCUACUGAAGCUGAAGAUGGACACAUUGUGCUAAAUCCUUUUGACUGUGGUAAGAAGAAAAGCCACAGCACAGAAUUCUACUUCAGGGUGCCCGCUUAGCACCAUGAUGUCUGCAAAGGAUGAAGGUGGUGCUGGAGGUAGUGCUGAUUCCUACAGUUCAUGCAAUAUAGACUCAGAGUUUCGCUACAACCUCUUCACAGUUUUCUACAGCAUUGUUUUCGUUCUGGGCUUUGCUGCCAACUGCUACGUGCUCUGGAUUUUCAGCCGUAUUUACCCCACCAGGAAACUCAGUGAAAUCAAGAUAUUCAUGGUGAAUCUGACAGUAGCUGACCUGCUGUUCUUGGUUACGAUGCCAAUGUGGAUUGUUUACUAUCACCACCAUGGAGACUGGAUCAUGCCUGAGUUCCUCUGUAAUGUGGCUGGCUGUUUAUUUUUUGUUAACACCUACUCUUCUGUUGCCUUUCUGAUGGUCAUCACAUACAACCGUUACCAAGCUGUGACUAAUCCCAUUAAAGCUGCUCAGUUUACCACCCAGAGGAGGGGUAUCUACUUAUCAGCAGCUAUCUGGAUCAUCAUAGUGGGCAGCUCUUUGUAUUACCUUUUUGACAAUAAUACUAAUCAAGAGGAGAUUGGUUCAAAGAAUUUCACGCGGUGCUUUGAGCGUUAUGACUCUUCUGGCAGUGUUUCAGCUGUCCUUGCUAUUCAUGUCAUCAUCUGCCUCCUCUUCUAUAUAAUUUUCCUUUUUAUACUAAGCUGGAACAUCAUAAUUAUCAGGACCCUGUUCUCCAAAUCCAUGCGGCCGAGGAAGAAUGCUCAAGUCAAGCAGAGAGCUCUCUGGAUGGUUUGCACAGUGCUGGCAGUUUUCAUCAUAAGCUUUGUACCUCAUCACAUUGUGGAUUUGCCCUGGACCCUGACAGUCCUGGAGCAGUGGCAGAGGGAAAACUGUCAGCUGCGCCAACACCUCAACGAUGCUCACCAGGUGACUUUGUGCCUCUUGAGUAUGAACUGUGUGCUGGACCCAAUCAUCUACUGUUUCCUCACCAAGAAGUUUCAGAAGCACCUUUCAGAAAACCUGAAAAGCAUGAGGGGGAGUCGCAAGUGCUCCAGGCAAACCACAGACACAGUGGUUGAGGGCACCAUUCACCAAGAGGAUGCCAUCAGAAUCUAGGGCAGCUCUGUUCUGUUUGUAAUUCACUGAGGUGAAUUAAUUAGUCACUCGUAUUUUCUCAAGAAGAGAAACAUCUCUUUUUUUCCCUCUAGAUGGAAGAAUGGGUGCUCAUUUCUUCUGUGACAUGCAACUGGUACCUGUGAUGAUCUGGCAGAAAGGCACCCCCUCUCUGGGCUGAUGUUUUCAUGGGCACUGGGAACAGCUCAGACAAUCUGCUUUUACAUGAACGAGCUCUGUGUGAGCAUGUGGAAGCUCCGUGCACUGAAAUUACCCAUUGUCAGCCUAGAUAGCACUUUCCCUGGUCCUUUUCCUGCCCAGCUCCCACAAAUAGUCCAGUAUUAGAAACUUCUAAAAGACAUGGAAGAACAGACUGAGCUGCCAGCAUCAUCAAGUGACUUUUCUAAGAAGUUUGCAUGAUUCUGUGAAGAGAGUCCGAGCUGAAGAAGCUCUUGAGUGGCUAGAUGGGAUGUAAGCCAAGGAGCUCCUUAAAGCCAUCAGAGAUCUGCACCUCUGAUCCCUUCUUAACGACUUGCAUGGUCUGGGGUCCAUGAGAGAUGUCUGGGAGUAGCUAUCAAGGACUUUUGCCUUUGCCCCCUACUCUUGAAUCAGUCAAGUAACAGGUAGGCAAGAAGAGAAAUUGGCAGUGCCUCAGUCCCCACCCCAGAUGAGCAUUGUGUCCAGAGGGGACUGCUGUCUGCCCUGGCAUCUUGUAUGAUAGCAGAAAUGGCAAACCAGUGGCCUCUUGCACUUUGUUUGGUAAUUUUUGGCUGACUCCAUGUGUCUGUGGAGAUCCAAUCUCACUUUGGAGGCUCCAGAUAUCAGAAGAUUUUUGUCAGCAUGGGCAUUAUGAUGAGAAGAAAAAAAAAGCUUAAAAUGAUUCAGUAACUU